CUAUAUAGCAGCAAUCAAUCGGAAGCGCCUCCUGGCGGCAUAGCGGCUGAUGUUCGCUCGGCCCACCCUUCAGGUUUCCCCAUGUGACAUACCCAAAUGGGUUUGAGUAAACUAGAUGUGCUGUACAGGCGGUUGCUCCUAACAAAGUUUUUCAUCCGCGGAUGGGGAAAACCUGAAGAUUUAAAGCGAAUAUUUGAAUUUCGUAAGAUUAUUGGAAAUAGAGAAACAUGUCAGCAUCUGGUUCCUAAGGAUUACCCGGUGUAUGUUGACAAGGUUGAAGAACAAACAGAUUGCAAGAUUCUCAAUGGACAUUUUACCUCACCUUUAGUUCACUAUGUGCCAGAUGUUAUGCCCAGUGAGUCGGUCAUAGCACGGUUUCAGUUUAUAGUGCCUAAAGAAUGGAAGAGCAAGUACAGGCCUGUGUGCAUUCAUCUGGCUGGUACAGGUGACCAUUCUUUUUGGAGGAGAAGAACCCUAAUGGCCCGCCCAAUGCUCAAAGAGGCUGGAAUGGCUUCCCUGUUGUUAGAAAAUCCUUACUAUGGCUGCAGAAAACCAAAGGACCAACUGAGAUCAAGCCUUAAGAAUGUUUCCGAUUUGUUUGUUAUGGGUGGUGCAUUGGUGUUAGAGUCUGCUGCCCUUCUGCACUGGCUGGAGAGAGAAGGGUAUGGUCCUUUGGGCAUGACUGGGAUUUCAAUGGGAGGACAUAUGGCUUCACUGGCAGUGACUAACUGGCCGAAACCAAUUCCUCUGGUCCCAUGUCUUUCCUGGUCAACCGCCUCUGGGGUCUUCACAACGGGCGUUCUAAGCAAAGCUGUAAACUGGAGAGAGCUGGAGAAACAAUACUUUACACAGACAGUAUAUGAGGAUGAGAUCUUGCACUUGCUUGAAUACUGUGGGGCAGAUUCUUUCAAGAUGGGGCAGGACUUUGUUAAAAACUCCCCAAGAAGUGUUGACAGUCUGACCCAUUUAAAACUUGCUGCCAAACUUUUCCGCCUUAACAGCACCAGGGAGCCGUCAUCUCCUGAUGCUCUUCAAGCAGGAAGUAGCAGAGAAAAGGACAUUAUGUUUCAGGGUGACUCUAAAGUGUCAUAUAUUGGACAGGCAAUGAGUGCUGGUUUCCGCAACCCCCAAAAGACGGAAGACACAAAGAGGAGUGAAGCCCUGCAGAGGGAAUCUUGGUUAUUUAUGAAAGGUGUCAUGGAUGAGUGCACACAUGUAGGCAACUUCUCAGUACCAAUGGACCCCAGCUUAGUUAUAGUUGUGCAAGCCAAGGAGGAUGCAUAUGUCCCAAGGGUCGGUGUACGCAGCCUUCUAGAAAUCUGGCCCGGUUGUGAGAUCCGAUAUAUAGAAGGCGGCCAUGUCAGUGCCUACCUCUUCAAACAAGGGCUUUUCAGGAAAGCCAUCUAUGAUGCCUUUAAUCGGUUUCUUCAGAAGUAUCCUAUGUGAUUACGUGUGCGGACUUUCUUUGGUGUGUCCACGUCCAUUCCGUCCUUAACAGACUGCUUCAUUAUCUGUAAUAAGCACAAAUGCAGAGCUUAAGGGAAAAUAUCACCACAGUCUCCAGUAUGGUGCUGCAAAGCAUGGAGUAGCUGCCUCUGUAAAGCUCUUCAUGCUUACCAAAGGAUGUGUUGAGGUUUUUCUGUUGACAGUGUUUCUUCUUUCUUUGAGGGAAGCGAUCAUA